AUGUUGUGCAUGACCAUAUACGCUCUUCUGUUUUUGAUUAUCAAUUUGCCCAAUCUGACGGCUGCCCAGGACAGCCUGAUGCAGUCAAGCGAUGAUCUUUUCUCCAGCCGUUCUGCACGUUCUUCCAGUUCAAUAAAAAUGAACAGGUAUGUUCGAGAGCCCAUGGAUCGAUCAAGUAUGAUUCGGUUUGGUAAACGAGCUCCAAUGGAUAGAUCAGCAAUGAUAAGAUUUGGAAAGCGUCUUAACUUGCAUAAUGAUUUUUCUCGAUUCUUGAAAAGAGCACCUUUGGACCGUUCUAGCAUGAUCAGAUUUGGAAAGCGGAAUAACGAAAACUAA